GCAAUGCAAAGACAUUUGCCAUUUUGAAGUUCUUUCACUGAAGCAAAACAACAAAAACUAAUGAUGUUUAUCAGAUUCCAGUGGAAUACAGAGGAAGCAAAAUGUAUCUUCUUUCAAAGUAUUUUUCAAGAUCUUUAUGGUGCUUUUUCACAGCUUUUUGAAAGUGUCCAGCGCCCAAUAGAAGACAAUACUAUUAUAUAAUACAAAACAAAGACCUACUACACAAUGCAAAAUCCCAUAAGGCACCUGUUCUAGACAUGACUCCUCCCACCCUGGAACAGCAUGGUAGUGAAAAAAAAAAACUCUGGAGGGAAGCAUGUUCCACAGGGAGUGGUAACAGCCUUACAGGGAGGACUUUGGCUUCACAACCACAGUGCCAGUGUUUGUCUUUGCUACCUCAGAGGUCACGUUUCACAUUCAGCAACAAGGUCAUGGCCUCUCCCAGCGUUCUCAUGUCAGAGGUGCAGUUUCAGUGCUGCAUCUGUCAGGAUGUUUUCUCUGAGCCUGUGUCCAUCCCCUGCGGCCACAGCUUCUGCUUCACCUGCAUCACAUCACACUGGAACGACAGCCACGCCAUCAGAUGUCCAAAAUGUCAGACUGUCUUUGAGGGCCGCCCGGAGCUUUGUGAAAACUCCUUUGCCAAGGAGAUGUCAGAGCAGAUCCGAGCAAGAAGGCAGAAUGGCGUCAUUCCAAUGCAAGGAAGAUUAAUAUUUUGUGACGUGUGCGUGGGGAAGAAAACAAAGGCCUUAAAGUCCUGCCUUGUGUGUCUGACUUCAUAUUGUGAGAGUCACCUGGAGCCACACCUGAGAGUUUCCACCCUGAAGAUUCACAAGCUGAUUGAACCAGUGGCAAUGCUGGAGAGUCGGAAUUGUAGAAGGCACCAACGGCUCCUGGAGCUGUUCUGCAGGAGCGACCAGAGGUGUGUGUGUGUGCUGUGCACUGAGACUGACCACCGCGGUCAUGCCAUCGUCCCAGUGGAGCGAGAGAGCAAGAGGAAGAAGUCUCAGAUGAAAAGAAUCGAGGCUGAUGUUCAGCAGAUGAUCCAGGACAGACUGCUGAAAGUAGAGGAGAUCAAACUCUCUGUGGAGCUCAGCAAAGAAAACUCAAAGAGGGACGUAAUGGAAAGCAUGGAGGUCUUCUCCUCUCUGCUUCGUUCCAUGGAGAGAAAUCAGUCUGAGCUGGUGGAGAUGAUUCAGAGGAAGCAGGCAGCAGCAGAGCAGAGGGCGCAGAGGCUCAUCACAGAGCUGGAGCUGGAAAUCACUGAGCUGGAGAGGAAGAGAAGAGAGAUGGAGCAGCUCUCUCGCACCGAGGACCACCUCCAUCUCCUGCAGAGGUUUCCUGUUCUGAGUUCUCCUCCAUCUGUCAAAGCCUGCGCUGACAUCAUUGUCCAUUCAGACACGUGCCUGGGAACUGUAAGGACAGCAGUGGCCAACAUUGGACAUCAGCUACAAUCAGCUUUGAAGAAGCUUUCCUUUAAAGAGCAUGAGAAGCUGCAGCAGUAUGCAGCUGAUGUUCAUCUGGACCCCAGGACCGCCAACCGUUGGCUGGUUCUAUCAGAGGAUGGGAGACAGGUCUGGGAUGGAGACAUGGAACAGAACCUGGUGGACACACCAGAACGUUUUGACACAGCUCCAUGUGUCCUAGGCACCAGGGGUUUCACCAGUGGGAGGCACUACUGGGAAGUACAUGUGGGAGACAAAACGGCAUGGGACUUGGGUGUGGCUCAGCAGUCUGUCAACAGGAAGGGUGUGGUCACACUGAGUCCAGAAGACGGCUAUUGGGUCAUUUGUUUGAGGAAGGGCAGUGAGUACCGGGCGUGUGCAGGAGAGGCGGAGCUGCUGUGUCUCUCUGAGAGGCCACAGGUUGUUGGGGUGUUUGUGGAUUAUGAGGAGGGGGUGGUGUCCUUCUAUGACGCAGAGGCCAAGUCACACAUCUAUUCCUUUACACACUUCCAAUUCACUGAAGCCAUGUUUCCCUUUUUCAACCCAGACAUGAGUGACAGUGACAGCAACAAAUCACCACUUACCAUCCGUCCUGCCUGUGGAGUUAAUGGAGACGGGGAUUUAGAUGACAUAACAAUAUGAUGAGAAAUGUUUGUUCAGUAUUAUUUGUCAGGGUGUUUUUAUUUUAAAGAGCAUAAAACUGUUCUCUGUGCUGACUGCUUUAAUUACACAUAAAUGCACCAUUUCUAACGAGUCCUGAAGAACAAAUAUACUGAAGCAGGUUUAUAAUUAUAUUGUAUAGUAAGCAAUAGUGUUUAUUUUGCCAGCUACAAUUAUACAUGGUCUUUAUUUCAAAUCACAGAUGGGUGAUUUUGGAGUGAAACUUCACAGACUGUACAAUACAUAAUUAGUCACCUCAAACACUGUCAGAUCUUCUGUAUGUUUGAUGAUUCAUUCACAAUAAGAACUACUUUCACACUGUUUAUGAGCUGUCUCCUUUCCUCAAUAAACUGUUGCGUAUGCUCA